CGUUAGAUUGAUCUGGCAAUGCUGUCAUGUUUUCGUUUGGGGCAUCCUCAUACAUUUGUUCUAAUAACUUUUAAAUGAAUCAGACGAAUACUCUGUUAGACAGUCAGCUAGUUAUAUCACAAAUCGUAAUUGCAAGCCUAGUUUAACAACUCGUUCCAGCAAGUAUGGGUAGCUUUUGUAGAGAAGUGAUCACUUUUCAACUAGGGCACUACUCCAACUUUGUAGGAACACAUUGGUGGAAUUUACAAGAUGCCGCUUUGUCAUACGACCCAGACUCGCCCCCUAGCGAACUACAGUGUAAUGAAAUGUUCAGAGAGGGACAGACCCUGGGAGGGUAUGUCACUUACACGCCACGCCUCAUCUCCAUGGACCUAAAAGGAAGUCUUCAGACACUACGACAGGAAGGAUGCCUUUAUGAAACCGGGAGAGAACCUACUGCCUUGACAUGGAAAGGGAAUGUGAUGAUGCACAAAGAAAGCCCCUCAUCAAAAAACUCAUUCCUCAAAGACCUGGAAAAGAUAGAUAAGGGGGAGAUAUUGGCUGAAGCUGACUUUGACACAUCUUUGUUGCAGCAACGUUCAGGGGCAGUUGCCAUGGAUACAGUGAACAGCCGUCUGGAGAAAGUUCAGAAGGGUUAUAGACUGGAGGGCAGCGUGCGGGUGUGGUCAGACUUCCUGAGGAUCCACCUGCAUCCUCGCACCAUCUUGGUUAUCAACCAGUACAACCAUGAUGGGGAAGCACAUCGGCUAGAGGCAUUUGGCCAAGGGGAGGCUCUACUGCAAGGCUCAGUGUUGGAUGAUCUGGAGGAUAAACUCCACUUCUUUGUGGAAGAAUGUGACUACCUACAGGGGUUUCAAGUGCUGUGCGACCUUUCAGAUGGCUUCUCAGGGCUGGGUUCAAAGGUCACUGAGAUGCUGCAAGACUCCUACAGUGGGAGGGGCAUUCUUACCUGGGGACUUGCACCAGUAAAUUACAGAGACUCAACUCCAAUGAAGGAAGUCUACCACCUUAUGAACAACGCCAUAGGAACCAUCAACAUGGCCAAUCACAGUUCCUUUUUCUGCCCUUUGACGUUGAGGGGCGGGUUAGGAAGACGACCCACCUCCCCGACCACCUUCCCCCUUCUCAGUUACGACCCCACAUUGUGGUACCACUCCAGUGCAGUCCUGGCUCUAGCUCUGGACUCCAUGACUGUGCCUUACAGACUGAGGCACAACACCACCAUGGGGCAGAUGGCUGAUGCGCUGGCCGUGUCUGGGAGGAAGGUGGUUGCAGCUCAUGGUGCCAUUCCCUUUCCCAUGGCGCAAGGCAGCUGUCUACCCAGUGCCCUGAUGGAGUGUUCUGAUGGGCUGCCUUGGAAACCCCUAUCAGCUUGCCCGGAAUUAGGCGACGGACGGUGUUUUGGCCAAUCAGUGACGCUCAGGGGCUUAGAGGGGCAGAGCUUAGUCAGUUCGCUGACCCCAAGCACCCAGCUGCCCACUCCGUUGCAUAGCCUCUGCAAUGGAGAAGACGUCCUUGGAUCCUAUAUAAGCUCCUACUACCCCACAACUCCUCUAGCAGUCCAGCUUGUGUCCAGCCCCAGUAAACUUACAUCACCAUUCCCACAGAUAUUUAGCCAAUCUCUGGCUAAAAACGGAUUAAUACAAAGCCAAGUACAUCCCCCUGGCGGGUCUUGGCCUGGGGUGUCGUCCCUCCCUGUCCUGACCUCCCUCCAGUCCACCCCAGCUUUGGGUCCCUGGCUAUCCGAGCUGCAGCGCUCCGCUAGCUCCAUAGAUCCUCGUAGAGUCGCCCACAACUUCCUUUCCCAAGGGACCGAGCUUGGGGACUUCAAUGAGUCCCUGGAACAACUACGCAUCCUGGCCCGCUGUUAUCGUGAUGAGAGUGCAACACGCUCCUCGUCUGAGGAAGAUGACUAGCCUUGUUUUGUUGCUUACUGCAUUACUGAGAACUGAAUGUCAUUUACUGGUGUCAAUGUUCAAUGUUGUUGGCUAUUUGUACUGUCACAAGUAUAAAUACAUUAUUAUACUAUAUAUAAAUAUGUAGUAGCUAAACAUCCAUUUAGCCUGAAGAUGAAGGUACCUUAUGAGGCAGGUAAACCUGGUUUCAAAAAGACAGUUUGACAGGUAUGUUGUCUGGGGGGCCUUCCUAUAAAAUUUAUAUUAGAAUGAGAGAAAUGGACAAUGAUUGUCUUAGAAGUGCAAUGAACUCCAAAAAAACAACAGAUGAGACUGGAAGAGUAUCGAUGAAGGAAGGGCAGAUGCUGUAGAUGUCAAUAAACUGAGAAGGCUGGUCUUUGCAUGCAAGAAACUAGAUAAGCAUCUGUAAAUAAAUGGCCUUAAUAAAAAAAUCCCUUGCUGAU